AUGAUCGGUGCUCUCAAGGCUGCUGCCGUCCUCGCCCUCGCCGGCUCGUCGCUCGCUGCUCCCGCUGCCGUCGCUCGUUCUUCCAUCCCUUCAGCCGGCAAUGAACUCGCUAGCCGCCAGGUCGUCAUCUCCCCCAAGGUCAUGAUCAUCUCCAUGUUCUCCCCCGAGCGCGAGGUCUGGCUCCAACCGAUGGAGCUCGAGGUCGACUAUCCUUUCAUGGGCGCCUCGCCGCUUUUCCCCAACGUCUCGUGCCGUCGCGACCGGACCGUCUGCAUCGUCACGACUGGCGAGGCUGAGAUCAACGCUGCCUCGACGAUCAUGGCCCUCACGCUCUCGACGCAGUUCGACCUUACCUCGACUUACUUCCUCAUCGCCGGUAUCGCCGGCAUCAACCCCUACAUGGGCACCCUCGGAUCAGCUGGCUUCGCUCGCUUCUCCGUGCAGUCUGGACUUGCCUACGAGCUCGACGCUCGUCAAAUGCCCGCUAAUUGGAGUACGGGGUAUUGGGCAUUGGGCACGAAAGCGCCGGGCCAGCUCCCCAACCCCUCCGACCUCUACGGCACCGAGGUCUUUGAGCUCAACACGAACCUCCUCUCGCGCGUGCUCAACAUCACCUCGGGCGUCAAGCUCAACGACUCGACCACCGCCCAGGAGUACCGCAAGCGCUUCAACUAUGCGCCUGCUAACGAGCCUCCCAAGGUCUUCCAGGGUGAUGCCCUCUGCUCGGACGCCUACUUUGCUGGCACGCUCCUUUCCGAGACCUGGGGCAACUACACCAAGCUCAUGACCAAGGGCGAGGGCAACUACUCGACGACGGCGCAGGAAGACAACGCCACGCUCGAAGUGAUGGUCCGCGCGCACAAGGCCGGCCUCGUCGACUACUCGCGCAUCGUCCUCCUCCGCACCGCGUCCGACUUUGACCGUGCGCCCAACGCGACGGCGGACGCGUACACUGCGUUCGAGGCCGAGCAGGGUGGAUUUGAGCCCGCGAUUCAGAACCUCGUCAUUGCUGGCAAGCCCUUUGUCGACGACGUCGUCAAGAACUGGGACUCGGUCUACGCAGCCGGUAUCGCCCCUCCCGUCGCUGGCAACGGCAGCUUCUACGGCGACGUCUUCGGCACGAUCCGCGAAGGUGCUGCGCAGGCUCGUCGCGCGCGCCGCAGCAUCGCCGCCAAGGUCCCUUCCUACUCGGCCUAA